AUGAAGCGAACGAACCUAGGUCUCUUUCAUGAGCUGAUGGACGCCUAUAGUAAAUCCGACCAGGUUGAGGAGGCAGAAGGUAUCUUUCAUGAGCUGAAAGAAAAGGGACUAAAGCCAACUACAACAACGUACAACAUUCUAAUGAAUGCCUACAGCAGAAGAAUGCAACCUGAAAUAGUUGAAUCUUUAAUAACUGAGAUGCAAGGUUUAGGCUUGAAACCAAAUGUCAAAUCAUAUACCUGCCUCAUAAGUGCCUAUGGAAGGCAGAGGAAAAUGAGUGACAUGGCAGCAGAUGCGUUUUUGCGGAUGAAAAAGGCUGGAAUUAAACCCACGUCACACUCAUAUACUGCUUUGAUUCAUGCAUAUUCAGUUGGUGGAUGGCAUGAAAAAGCAUAUGCCGCAUAUGAGAAUAUGAAAAGAGAGGGGAUUUCACCCUCAAUAGAAACAUACACAGCUCUGCUCGAAGCAUUCAGGCGAGCUGGUGAAACUGAUAAAUUAAUGGAGAUAUGGAAAUCCAUGAUCAGCAACAAAGUUGAAGGUACAAGAGUUACAUUUAACAUUAUACUAGAUGGUCUGGCUAAACAUGGUCUCUAUGUUCAAGCAAGAGAUGUGAUAUAUGAAUUUGGAAAACUUGGCUUGCAGCCAACAGUCAUGACCUACAAUAUACUGAUGAAUGCAUAUGCACGGGGAGGGCAACACUGCAAGUUACCGCAGUCGCUGAAAGAUAUGAGUGCCCUCAAUUUGAAGCCUGACUCUGUAACUUAUUCGACAAUGAUAUAUGCAUAUGUUCGUGUACGUGAUUUUACUGGAGCAUUCUAUUAUCACAAGCAAAUGGUCAGUCCUGAGGCCAGAUCCUAUCAGAAAUUGCGGGCUAUUUUGGAUGUCAAAGCUGCAACAAAAAAUCGGAGGGAUACAAGUGCUAUACUUGGAAUACUGAAUAGCAAAUUUGGUUUGAAACCGAAAAAAGGCAAGAAGGAUGAAUUCUGGAAAAACAAAAAGAAGAGAUCUAUUAUGACCAGGGUUGUUGGUGAUAAAAAAUAAUAUAGUGAAACUCUUCUUAAAAUUAUAAUCGAAUGACUUGGUUCUUGUUUGGGCUGAUAACUACAUCUGCUUGGUUU